GGCAAUUUUUAUGAACACAAAAUCAAAUUCUAGAUCUAAAUCUAGAUGUAGACUUCUAGAUUUCUAGAUCUAUCUGAAUCUAGACUAGCAGCUCGUGAGAUCUUCCAGAUCUAGAAUCUAGUAGUAGAUUCUAAUAAAUCUAGAUCUAGUAGACGACAUUUACAGAUUGUAGUCUAUUCUUGCACUGGUUUUUUUUUUCUUUACCCAAGUCAUAACUUACGUAACCAGUACGAGUUGAUGAUAAUCGCCCAUUGAUUAAGAAGCAAAGGAUCUAAAAUAACUUCUGGCAUACAUCAUUAAAUAAUAAAAACAAGUCUAUUGCAACUAUGACAUCCGACAAGAAACGGAUACUGAUUAUGGGAUGUGGGGCUGCUGGAAUGGCAGCUGCCUAUGCAUUAGGACAACACCCAGAAAAGUUUGAAGUCAAUAUUUGGGAUAAGAAUUCUCUGGCUGGUGGUGUAGCAACUUCAGAACAUAUUGAUGGACCAGGUGAGCUAAUGAUAAAUGACGGAGUUCAGGGAGGAUGUCCAACAUACAGAAAUACACUGAGUCUGAUGGCAGAGUUUGGAUUCUCUGGGACCCCAGUCAAAAUGAUGAUAUCGUUUGGUAAAGGCCCUACAGCUUGGACAAACUACACUAAAACAGAACUGACAGACAAGCUUAAAUUGGAAAUUAAACGGUUUGGUGAAACCUUAAGGUUGAUUAACAAAUUGGAAUUUUUUUUUAUAUUUGUCCCAAUUAAGCAGGUGCUCAAAUGGUUUGGCUACUCUCAGACCUUUUGCCAUGAGAUGGUCUAUCCCCUAACUGCUCUGUUUUUUGGUACAGGAAACCAAACACCCAAUGUUUCAGCUGCUAUAGUAGCCAGAGUUUUUCUAGAUGAUGACCUGCGCCUCUUUGAUUACGACUCUGAAAGUAUGUUGAGCCAGAGCCCUGAGAUGUUUGCUUUUCCCCUCCUGAAGGACAUGUACCAAACAAUUAUAGGCAAGUUAUCAGCCACUUUUCAUAGCAACCGUCCAGUAGCGUCAGUCACCAGGAGAAAUGGGAAAGUGUAUGCUGUUGAUGCUAAUGGUGUUGAGGAAGUAUUUGAUGAGAUUAUUUUUGCCUGUGAUGCUGAAACUGUGUUGAAAGUUUUAAAAGAACCAACAUAUAUGGAAAAGAAGGCAUUAAAAAAUGUCCGCUACUACAACGAUGUAACUAUAACCCAUGAGGAUGAUGAAUAUAUGGAGAAAUAUUAUGAGCUGCAUAAAGACAUUGAUCAAUACUUUAUUCGAACAGACCCAAAUGAUCCAUCCAAGCUGGAAAUGUCAUUCAAUCUAUCUAAUUAUCAACCCCACCUCAAAGUAUCAAGCAGAAAUAUUUAUCAGACCAUAUUUUUAGAUGACACCACCAAACAAAUUUGGACCAUUGAUGACAUUGAUAAAGGUAAGAUCAGAUUCACUCGCUGGUGGAGGCAGUUCUCCCACACCUGGCAACACUUUGCCUUCACUGUGCCGUUCAUGCGUUACCUCCAAGGUAAAAACCACACCUGGUACUGUGGCUCCUACACUCUCAUCAACACCCACGAGAUUGCUGUCAUAUCCGGCUUUGCUACAGCUUUUCGUCUUGGUGCCAAAUAUCCAUUCCCAAAAGAUAAACUGGCUAAAAAACAGUUUGAUCAAUACCUUCUGGUGAUUCAUGGGAAGCCAAGCAAGUUGGGAUUCAAUAUGGCUACUGUCAAGUCUAUUGCUCUAGCACCUGUGAUGGUUAUUUUUGCUGGCUUGGCUCUGUUUAUACAGUUCAUUCUUAAAUGUUUUAAUUAAUUGUAAACCUAUUUAAAAAAUUAUCGUUGGAUUUACAAACACUAUAUUGUUAAACUUUUGUAACUUUUAGAUUUCCUUACACUUUAAACUUCUUUUGUUGUUUACUUAUUUACUUGUAUUCAACAAGAAGCAAACAAAUAACAAAAUGUAUGUAUAGUACUAAGUUUGCUUUUGUUAAUUUUUUUAAUGAUUUCUGUGAACAUUUUCUCAGCCUUACCAUUUUUUGUCCUCAAAAUUUAUUUGAUGAGUGUUCAAGUUUUACCACAAGUGUGAGGCAGCAGCUAUUUGUAAGUCUCAACUAAAGUGCUUUUUUUCAUUUUACAAAUGACAUGCAAAUGGCAUCAGGGUUCUCUCACUAGCUAUCAAAAUAAUUGAUAAAGGAGAGAACCUGAAGCGCUGUAUUUUUUGUUAAACAUUUAUCUUUAUCUAACACAGUGUAUGAAAAUCUAUACAUUUCAUGUUGUGGCUUUGAUAUUAAUAUUGUACUCUAUGAUUAUUUCAGUUUAAUACUCCAGUAUCGGUCAUGUAUUAUACAAGUAUGAGCUACUUUCACUUAGAUCUCAGUUUGUUUUGUAUUAAAAAUUGCCUUCAAAAUGUUUUGCAUUUAUCUGAAGGGGAAUGUACACUUGUUCUAUUGAAUAUUGUAUGUGCUUGUAAAUUUUACCUUUGUGAUUAUGUACAUUUUUCAUGAUGACAUUAAUGGCUAGAGCUUGUAUCACCUGUGUGAAGUACCUGUAACAAAAGGACUAUCAACACUUGAAUUCAGUUAAACUUGAUAGGACAUUUUAUUAAAGAAAACCAAGCACAUGAGAUAAAACAAGCAUUUUUUUUUAAUUACCAGCAUUAUUAAUAUUGUCAAGAAUA